UGGGUGUUGCAAGAGGAGGAGAGAAGGAUAACAAGACAGCGAGCUUUAGAGAGAGAGAGAGAGAGGAAAAGGAGAGGACGAGGACAGGCAGGGAACCAGAGGCACAAGAUAACAGGAGAUACGCGUGGGAACAGCAUAUCGCUGGAAAAGCAGAAGCAAAAACAAGAGCCAGAGCAGGGGAUUCAGAGCACGCAAGUCCAACGCGUCUGUGGGUCUGACUGCGUUUGAGCGUGUCAGACAGCUCAGUGUGUUUCCACGGAUCUCCUGAGGCCGUGGCAGCCAUGGCGUCAGAACCCAGCACCCAGUCCAGGGUGAUGUUCCAGGCAGCAGACAAAGCAGAGGAGCCGGCGCACCGCAAACUUGGCAAGCUGACAGUUAAAUACAACCGCAAGGACCUGCAGAGGAGGCUUGAUAUUGAGGAGUGGAUCGACGGGCAGCUGCACCUGCUGUUUGACUGUGAGGAAGAAGAGAUCCCUGAGCUAGAAAUCGACAUAGACGAGCUCCUGGAGCUGUCAGACGAGGGGCAAAGAACCCGGCUGCAGGAGUUGUUGCAAGAAUGCGGGAAGCCAAAGGAGGAUUUUAUCAACGGGCUGCUCUACAGGAUAAAGGGUCUACGCAAAAUGUCAGGUCCCUUGAAGAAAUAAUUGUAGGUCAAAUUAAGAAUCGAGACAGCGUGGAGUCGCUUAUCUUCCCGUCUCCCACGUGUUAACCAUGUGGAUGCCUGUAUGUGUGGUUCAGAGAGACUAUCUUCCUGCCCCCCUGCCUCCUCUCCUCCUCCUGGGUCAUCAACAGUCUAACACCAGAGCUGUGGGAUUUUGAAUGGAUUUUUUUAUUAUUAUUAUUUCAAUUUCAUUUAUGGACUGCUUUAACAUUUUGUUUCCCAUUAACAUACCAAUAAUGCACAUGUGAUAAAAGCUGUACUGACUACUA